AUUUACCCUUUAAAUUGUGUGGAAAAUGAAGUCUUCCGGCUGUCCAGAUACCCCAGAAAAAUCUCUCCCUCAAGAUGUUGUAACUGCUACAACAUUCUCUGUGGAGAGCAACCGUUUGUCCCCUUAUCGUUUGACCGUUGAACAAUGUGCGGCGCACUUCCACGCUGACCUAGUUAACGGAUUGACCUCCGCCAAAGCCAAAGAGCUUCUAGCCCAGUACGGUGAGAACUCGGUCGGUGAUGGUGGCAAAAUCUCCUACACCAAGAUCAUGGCCCAUCAAGUUUUCAACGCCAUGAUUUUGGUUCUUAUUAUCUCCAUGGCAAUUGCUCUUGGUAUCAAGGAUUGGAUCUCAGGUGGAGUCAUUGGCUUUGUUGUUUUCAUCAACAUUUUUGUUGGCUUUAUCCAGGAGUAUAAGGCAGAAAAGACCAUGGGAUCCUUGCGUUCCUUGAGUUCCCCCAGUGCAAGAGUUACCCGUGAUGGUGAUGAUAUCACCAUCCCUGCCGAAGAAGUUGUCCCUGGUGAUUUGGUUCAUGUUAAGGUUGGAGAUACCGUCCCAGCCGACUUGAGAUUGGUUGAAAGUGUUAAUUUGGAAUCCGAUGAAGCUUUACUCACUGGUGAAUCACUCCCAGUAGUGAAGGAUCAUGACGAAUAUUAUCCAGAUUUUGAAUCCCCAGUCCCUGUGGGUGACAGAUUGAACCUUGCCUACAGCAGCUCGAUCAUCUCCAAGGGGAGAGGUAAAGGUAUUGCGUAUGCCACGGGCUUCCAAACCGAAAUUGGCCAGAUUGCCUUGUCCCUCAAGGGUAACGACUCGAUCAUCAGACGAGUUGAUAAAUCCGGUGACAGGAAACCAGAAGGGAAGGAGUACUUGAUGGCCAUCGGUGGUACCAUCAAAGACGUUGUUAGCAACAUCUUGGGUACCAAUGUGGGUACCCCCUUACAACGUAAGUUGUCAUGGUUGGCCAUCUAUUUGUUCUUCAUUGCUGUCUUGUUUGCUAUUGUGGUUAUGGCUUCGCAGAAAAUGCGUGUCAACCGUGACGUUGCCAUUUAUGCCAUCUGUGUUGCCCUUUCCAUGAUUCCUUCGUCCUUGAUUGUUGUUUUGACCAUCACCAUGGCCGUUGGUGCCCUGGUUAUGGUUCUGAAGAAUGUUAUUGUUAGAAAAUUGGAUUCUCUCGAAGCAUUGGGAGGUAUUGAUGAUAUUUGUUCCGAUAAGACUGGUACCUUGACCCAGGGUAAAAUGAUUGCUAAAAGAGUUUGGAUCCCUAGUUUGGGUACUUAUUCUGUCGAGAAUUCAAAUGAACCUUUUAACCCAACUGUUGGAGAUAUGGCCUUCUUACCAAUUUCUCCUAGUCAACUUAGAGAUACCGAUGAAGAACUUGAUUUUAAGCCAAAUGUACCAGAACCACGUCCGGAAAGAUUCAGUCAAUGGUUGUAUACUGCCACUUUAGCCAAUAUCGCCACUCUUAAUCAAUCCAAGGAUGAAGAAACUGGGGAACUUGUAUGGAAGGCACAUGGUGACGCUACUGAAAUUGCCAUCCAAGUGUUUACAUCGAGACUCAAUUUGGCUAGAGACUCUAUUGUCGAUAAUUAUGAACAUUUGGCUGAAUUCCCCUUCGAUUCUUCCAUCAAGAGAAUGUCUGCGAUUUACAAGUUGAUUGAGUCAGGCGAGACUGUUAUCUAUACCAAAGGUGCGGUUGAAAGAGUUUUGGACCGUUGUACUACUUGGUAUGGAACUGAGUCUUCCACUGAUGGCUCUAUUCCCUUGACCGAUGCAAACAAGACUCUUAUUGAGGAUAACAUGCAAGCGUUGUCAUCUCAGGGUUUGCGUGUCUUAGCUUUCGCUCAAAGACUGGUUUUAGAAUCCGAAGAAGAUUUAUCAAAUAGAGAUUCCGUGGAAUCAAAUUUGACCUUUUUAGGAUUGAUUGGUAUUUAUGAUCCUCCUAGAAUUGAAACGGCUGAUUCAGUUAAAAAAUGUCACACGGCAGGUAUCAAUGUUCAUAUGUUGACUGGUGAUCAUCCAGAAACCGCCAAGGCUAUUGCUCAAGAAGUUGGAAUCUUGCCCCACAACUUGUAUCACUACAGUGAUGAAGUUGUCAAGGCUAUGUGUAUGACUGCAAAUCAAUUUGACGCUUUGACUGAUCAAGAAAUUGACAGGUUGCCAGUGUUGCCCUUGGUUAUUGCUAGAUGUGCACCUCAAACCAAAGUUAGAAUGAUUGAGGCUUUGCAUAGAAGAAAGAAGUUUGCUGCCAUGACUGGUGAUGGGGUUAACGAUUCCCCCUCCUUGAAAAAGGCUGAUGUUGGAAUUGCUAUGGGUCUCAAUGGUUCUGAUGUCGCCAAGGAUGCCUCUGAUAUCGUUUUAUCUGAUGAUAAUUUCGCAUCUAUUUUGAAUGCAAUUGAAGAAGGCCGUCGUAUGUCGGCCAAUAUUCAAAAGUUUGUUUUGCAAUUGUUGGCUGAAAACGUUUGUCAAGCUUUAUACUUGAUGAUUGGGUUGGCUUUCAUGGAUGAAUCUGGUUACUCUGUUUUCCCAUUAUCUCCAGUUGAGGUUUUGUGGGUCAUUGUUGUUACGUCUUGUUUCCCAGCCAUGGGGUUGGGUCAAGAAAGUGCAUCAGAAGAUAUUUUGACUUUACCACCAAACAAUGAAAUUUUCACUUGGGAGGUAAUUAUUGAUAUGAUGGCCUAUGGUUUAUGUAUGACUACCUCUUGUCUCUGUGUGUUUGUCGUUGUUGUUUUCGGAGUUGGUGAUGGGAACCUUGGACAUGACUGUAACAAUUCUGAUAAUUCGUCUUGUAAUUUAGUUUUCAGAGGAAGAUCAGCAUCGUUUGCAACCAUGGUGUGGUGUGCUUUAUUUUUGGCUUGGGAGUGUCUUCACCCAUUAAACUCGUUGUUUUUCAUGCGUCCAGAACUGGAAAAUCCAUGGUGGUUGCAAACUUAUAUCGAUUUGAAAAGUAAUCGAUUCCUCUUGUGGUCUAUCAUUGGUGGAUUUGUUUCCGUGUUCCCGGUUGUUUACAUCCCUGUGAUCAACAAUAAGGUUUUCCUCCAUGCCCCAAUCGGCUGGGAAUGGGGUUUAUCGAUUGCCUUUGUUUUGCUUUUCUUGUUGGGUUGUGAAACUUGGAAAUGGAUUAAAAGAAUUCAUAGAAGAUACGCAGUGAGAAAGAAUAAAGAUAUGGAUCUCGACGUUCAUAACGACCCUUUCCAAAGCUAUGCUUCCUUCUCCAAGAGUAACACCAUGGAAAAGAAACUGGUUCUUGUCUAGAUUUUUCCCUUCUAUAAAUAGUUGUAUUUAAGUGUAUAUGACACCGUCAAAGAAGUUUUACGGCUCUAAAUAGACUAAAUAGAAACUACAUAGAAAAUGAAAAUAUA